AGCUCGUUCUGCGGGGAAGUCGAAGUCGCCCGCACCGCAGGUUGUGGAUGUAUCAACACGCAGAAAAAUUGGCGAACGUCCUACCAUAUCAGACUGCGAAUUAUGUGUCUGGGUCUGGAAGACGAGGGCAAACUUGUGGUGCAUGCUGUGGGUCCUACAGAAAUUUGUCUUGCGUCAUGACCAGUAUCACCAAAAGUGGCCCAGUUUUGGUCAAGUUCUUGUCAGGAAGUUUCUCACGAAGGAGUAGUGUAGCGGAUUAAAGAGAAAAAGGCCUUGAACCCUCUCUGAUGCUAGAUCCUGGGUUCAUCGAGGCCUCCCGGGCCAUGAAAAGCCUGCAUCACAAACCUUGCAAUCGUCCAGACCCAGACAUAUUUGCAAUGCAUAUACCACGACCAUGCCUUUUUCCACCUGAACGGCCGAGAAAUAAAGGCUAAGGCUCGCUUGCAGGAGAAGUAGAGCGCGCAUAGUGAUGCCUGAUGUAGAGAAAGUAUAAGUAGGCGGUCUACUUCCUCUUCGGGUUCGGUCAGAUCAGCUAUAUUAACGAGUGAGGUCCUCUGAAGACAUGAUCAAGAAAUGCAAUCAAAC